AUGGCCGGCCCGAAAUGUUGUGUCUCGCCCUGGAGCGUGGAUUAUCCACGGGCGGCUUUACAUGCAUCGUCGCUACCAAUAAAACAAGAAUCAAUGCAAUUGAGGGCAGGUGUCUGGAUGCAUCUUCGUCUUCUUGAAGAUCUCUUGCCAUGCUUCUUUCCAGGGUAUCACGAAAGGUCAUCGGAGAACAGUGUAAUCAAGCAAACAUAA